UCGUUGUAAUAUGUAAAAUUGGAAAGUUCAUGAUCCCUCCAUGUUGUUCUAAAAACUUCCUUUAACAAAUUCCUGUUGCCAAUUAUAUAUGAUAUGAUGACUGAUCCAUCUGAAAUUGGGCAUUUUGAAUUCACUCUCUAUAAAUUAUAUCCAGUGCUGUUCCAUCAUCUGAUUUCUCCAAACAUUUCCAUUACUUAUUUUCUGAAUCCAUUUCAUCUCUGAAAAUUUCUGUUAAGGAGAUUAAGAUUCAAAAAUGUUAAAGAAUUAUCCAAAUGUAAGCAAGGAAUACCAACAAGCAGUGGAGAAAUGUAGGAGAAAGCUUCGAGCUCUUAUCCAAGAAAAACAAUGUGCUCCUAUUAUUCUUCGUUUGGCAUGGCAUGCAGCAGGGACAUAUGACAUGCAUUCAAAAACAGGAGGGCCAUUUGGGACAAUAAAGAACCAACAAGAGCUAGCUCAUUCUGCCAAUAACGGUCUGGAUAUUGCUGUCAGACUUCUGGAGCCUAUCAAACAGCAAUUCCCUAUUUUAAGCUAUGCGGACUUCUACCAGCUGGCUGGAGUUGUUGCAGUGGAAAUCACAGGAGGGCCUGAGAUCCCUUUUCACCCUGGGAGACCUGACAAAACUGAAUCACCACCGGAGGGCCGUUUGCCAGAUGCACAGAAAGGUGCUGAUCAUUUGAGGGAAGUAUUCUAUCGGAUGGGUCUGUCCGAUAAGGAUAUUGUCGCUCUAUCUGGUGGUCACACUUUGGGGAGGUGUCAUAAGGAGAGAUCGGGUUUUGAAGGAGCUUGGACGUCUAAUCCUCUAAUCUUCGACAACUCCUAUUUCAAGGAGCUCCUCAGUGGAGAAAAGGAAGGUCUAAUUCAGCUGCCAUCGGACAAAGCACUCCUUGACGAUCCAUCAUUCCGUCCCUAUGUUGAAAAAUACGCGCAAGACGAGGAUGCCUUCUUUGCUGACUAUGUCGAAGCCCAUCUCAAGCUUUCCGAGCUUGGAUUCGCGGAUGAGGUGUGACGACAAAGAUGAACUCAAACUCUUACUCCGGUUUAUUGUAUGAGCCGGUUCAUUGCUACUGCCUUCAAGUAAAUCUUAAAGAAUAAUCAAUGUAGAAGUAUUUCAAUGUGGUGUAUAAUAUGUAAAGUUUGUGUUUGAGUCUUGAAUUUUGAUUGCAUUGCUAAUAGCAUCAUUGUGUAUCAUUUUGGGACAUUAAUCUUGUGUUUGCAAACAAUAAAUAUGGUUGUGUGUUUGUGUCAUAUUCAUGUUUUGUAUUUAAGUCUGUUGCAA